UCACUGUGGACUCUGAGUUGCAUGGCUGUGAUUCCCAGCUUGGUCGCUUCCCUGACCUGGGGGGUAUUCCAUCAAGCAGACUAAAGGCAAAUCCAGGCUUAAAUGGCCAUGUCUGGCUAAUGUGAGCCAGAGUUCUGUUCCAUCAAAGUGACUAAGAUUAGCCUCACAUUGAUAACCAUGGAAACCAUGGUUCUGGCUAAGCCUGAUACAUCGAGCUAAACUCCGGUUUCCGUUCCAUCAAACUGAGCCACAGCUCCGUUCCAUCAAGGUGGUUAACCUGAAUCCCAGCCUAGUAACCAUGGUAAUUUAUACUGCCGGGCAAUCUUGGACGUAGCAGGAUUAAGCAUCCUAUGAAGUCAUGGCCUCCAGUCGUCCCCUCCUCCUGUUGGUCCUCUUGUGCAGUCUGACUGUGACUGAAGCCCAGCUGAGGCUGUUUAACCUGCGGGCCAGCGAUCUUCCCUCCAACAUCCUGGGAGCCACAGAUGGUUAUGUCAAGGUUUACUGUGGCGCCACCUAUGUGGGUGAAACAUCUGUUCGCAACAACAACCAAAACCCCUGGUGGGAGGAGGAGUUCACCCACUUCAAGGCCCAGGAGAAUGAAGUACUGAGGCUGGAGGUUCAUGACAGUGACUUCUUCUUUGAUGACCUGGUGGGAGUUUGCCAGAGAGAGAUGAAGCAGGGGACCCAUGAGCACGACUGCUACCUGGAGAAAGGCGGGAUCCUCCAUUACUCCUACACUCUUGGUUGAAAAAGUCAUAGAUGCAUGUGACCCUGUGACCUGAUCUGUAUUGAUCACAGUAUGACUAAUUCUUGAUGCAUGGUUUUAAGAGACUAGUGCAUAGGUUCUCUGAGUCCUCAUCCCAGUAUUUAGGGUUUUGAUCAAUCACAUCAUUUUCACAUUGCCCAAAAACAUCUUAACUACUUUAUUCACUCAACCUUGUGAACCUUCAUUCCAAUCUCUUUAUGCUUAAUCAUGGAUAACAACCCCGCUGCCCUGUUUGUCAAAUAAAAAUAAACCUUCCCUGCAACAAGUACAUCACCUUUUUUUUUUUUUUUUUUUUACAAAUGUAAAUUAAUAUAAUAAUAAUGGACAAUAAUUUUGUGAAUGUUAUCCAGUUUCAUUCAGAGAUGUGAAUAUAAAAUGUGUACAGUGUUGAUAUUUGGGGUCUAGACUCUGACCUUGUCAUUCUCCACAAGGAAAAAUCAAACCCACCAUAGCUGGCAGAGGGCACUGACAGUUUAAGGUCACAACCACAGUAAUAUGUUCUUGUUUUAAAAUGAAAACAACUGAUACAGACUGAUCUCGACUGAUUAAUAUGUGUAUAUAUAUAUAUGGUAUGGUACGCUGUACAUAAUCACGGAAACUGUCAAUGUGUCAUUCUGUCAGUCAGUCAUUUCUGUCUGUCCCACGUUUUUCUACUCACUGACAUGGUCAAUCUACUGUACUUUCAAUAAAUUCGUACUACUUUCAACGACUUUCAAUCGUACCAUCAAAUUCACAAAAACUCUGUCUAAAUUCUUUCUCUUUCUCUUCUUAAUGGGUUCAGUUGACUAUUUAAUCUGCAAUUUCCUAUGACCUGUAUCCCAAACACACACCAUGUGAAAAUGUACAUGGGCAAAUGUGCACUCAAUGGGUAUGGACUAGUCUCUAAUAAAUUUUCUAAAUACACAUUUUCAUCUUUGGAGCCUGCCUAAAUAAACAUGUGUCAUGUUAAACAACUAGUCAGCCCUUUAAAAAAAGAGAACAUUUUUCAAACUCAUCCCACUGUGGGAAAAUAAAUAAAACAGAUUAUCAACUCCACACACCACCACCCCUAUAUAGUUUUAUA